UCCUCAAUCCCCCUCUGUCUGUCGCCCGCGGUCAUCACCGUCCCGCCUACCUCCGAGCCCGCCCGGCCGGUCGCCCGAGGUAGCCUUAAUUUGCAACCCCGUUAAUCUGAAGGAACACGGAUCAUGGAGGAAGGCAAAGUGCCUUUUGAUGAAGACAUAAUGCCCUACUAUGGAGCCCGACUGCCUCAAGAGGAGGCCGAAAUCCCUCAAGAUCUCGCAGUGCCUCAGGAUGAAGCCAACAUGCCUCAAGAGGAAGCCGAAAUGCCCGAAGAAAAUGUAGGUGAAGUGCUUCAAGAGGAAGAUGAACUGCUCACAGAUGAAGAUGAUGAAUUUCCAGAGGAACCCGAAGACCUACUGAAUUUUAACAUAGGGGGCUGGCUUUUUGCUGUACCUAAACUAAAGCUUGCCCAGUUUCCAGACUCUGUCCUUUGGAAAAAGGCAUCUGAAACAAUGCUUUCCGUCAACCAGCAGUUAUUCAUCGACAGGGAUGGGUUCAUAUUUAAAUAUGUGCACGCUUAUCUGCUCACCAAACAACUCCCCAUUAUCAGCAGUACUGAGGUGAAUCUGCUGCAUGAGCAAGCCCAGUCACUGCAUCUAGCACCUUUACAGCAGAUACUUGAGAAUUUGAAGGAUGGCGACCACCAUCUGAAUAUGAAGUUUUCUGAUGUCAUAGUGGCAGAGAGCACAUCCCUGAAUUUAUGGAAAUUUGGGAAGUGUAACAGCAAGCAAUUAAGCUCCUCUCCAAAGAGCCCACUUUUCCCAGAUCGGAAUGAUAGAGCUCCCUUAGGUCUCUUGGACAAGCCAUUAUUGGACAGUGAAUCGGAAGUGCCAUACUGCUUCUUGCCUCUGGAGUUAGUGAUGAAAUACCCCUCCCUGGUGACUGAGAAAAGCCUACUGUGGAUGACUGAGAUCAUGGUUCUGAUUAAGUGUAGACGCAACGAAUUCCGCUUCCUAGCAAACUUUUUCCGCUCAGAGAGGAUUUUGUUGCCAAGUCAUUUCAAAAACAUGCCUGCUUUAGAAGCAGAAGUGAGAACUUUGAAUUUCCCCGAGCUGAGCGAAGCAAUGAAGCUAUACAAGAUGACCAUGGGUAACUACUCCUCAAGUACCUUCCCUCUCCUGAAGACGAAGGAGAUUAAGCAUGGUACUGAUUCUGCUUCCAAGGAACCCCUGUUUAAAAUGACCCUUGCCCUGCUGGUCAAGUACCCGGAUUCAGCACUGGGACAGCUCCAUAUUGAGGGCAAUUUAGAUGGGAGCAAGCUGUUCAUUGAUGGUAAUGGGAUACUCUUCGAGCAUGUCAGGAAUUGGCUGGGAAUCUCCAGGAUACCCCUGACUGGGUCCAUUACAGAGCUUCCUCAUCUGUGCUCCUUCUUGGAAACCGAAAACAUCUUGUAUGGGCACGUGAAAAUGGCUCUGAAAAGCUAUCUCGAGUCCAAGAUUGAGCCUCACAGCAAGGAGAUCCCCAGAACUUGGAAGGCCGAGAUCACGGUCUAUUCAAUUCACCAGAUUGUGAAUGUUUACGUAGGAAACUACUGGUAUGCGACAUCGCUGCAGACCUUGCUGAAGUAUCCAGAAAUGCUGACCAACUCCCAGAAGGUGCACUGGAUUAUGUUUGGAAAGAGUCUCUUCAUCCAUGGAGAUGGUCUAAUUUUCAGACACAUCCUCAACUUCCUCAGACUUGACAAACUGCUCUUACCACCGAAAUUUAGAGAGUGGCCGCUCUUCUGCCAAGAGGUUAAGGAGUUCAAAAUCACUGCCCUGAUGGAUGCCAUGGCUAAGUUUGAAGACCAAAGGCCUCAGGCUCUGGACCUGGAAGCCCCUGUUGCCUUGCUGAAUCCAGCCAAGGUUUGCAGCCUGGAGGCCCCAGAGAAGGAACUGGGGGGAAGAGCAACAGCAGCAGCAGCAACAGCAUCCUUCAACGGAAAUCAGCGGAAUGACCUACAAGAAGGGUUUCAUGAAUUCAAGGUGCCCAUAUCCGGUGUGCCGGUGGACCUCCCGGGCACGUUCUCGACCAGCUUCAGUCAAAAGGCGGUGAUUCCCCGGGAGGAUGAGCCAUCUGCCAGUUCUAUAUCCGUGGACCUGACCAGAACCUAUUCCUUUGGCUUGUACCCCCCGUACUCAAGACCAGGUGCUGCUCCUCAGGGCUGGCUCCGCCUGGCUCCGCCCCUCAAGGAUUACACCAGAAGCAACGCCCCCCAGGGCUGCCCUGAUCAAGUUGUAUUCACUACUCCCAUGCAGAAAGUUAUCACCCUGAUCAGAGAUCGGGGCAUGGCUAACAACGAACAAUGGAACCUUCAGAGGCUGAUCAUCCCUGUGAAGUCUGCCUCAGCAGGGGUCACUAUGAACCUCACUCCCACACCUGGGGUGGCCUACCAACCAAACCUGACAAUUAUCCCUUGGACAGUCCAACCCGCUACCCCAGAGAUGCCAGCACCCUUAUUCAAGCCUGGCUUCCAAGUCAAUGGCCUGGAGCAGAAAUUCAAUCUGAAAUUCCCUGGAACAAGAUCCAUCUCUCUGACAUCCCUGGGGAGGCAAGAGCCUUUUGAGAAAAAAAUAUCUGCCCUUGCAGCAGCAGCUGGACUAAAGUUGGGAACUAUCCUCAAAGUGAGCCACCCCCCAAUCAUGGGGAAUGAUGGUCACCCCACGGACUACCAAGAGAGCAUCAUCUACAGCCCCCUGCUGGUCCCAGACAUGGCUGUGACUCCGAGGAAAGAGGCACUUUUCCUGAAUCUCUCUCUGUCCCGAGAGGAGAUAUUCUAUGCCCGUAUGUGUCACCAUUUCCUGACUGACAUCAUCCUGGAGUCCAUCCGGAAAAGGGACCCCAUAAUUAUCACCACCAAGGUGGUGGUCCUGACCCACCAGGUCUGGACCCUGGACAUCACCACCAAACAAUUUGUGACCAAUCUGCUGACCAUUCCUGGCUUCCAGAAUGACAAGAAUACUCAGGAGCAUCUGCACAAAUGGGUGGAGCUAACGCUGCCACUGGCCCAGAAGUACAGCCGCUGCAUUCAUCUGCUCAUCAAGAAGGGGCUGGCCCACAUUGUCUCCCACACCACCUUCAGUAAGGAUUUGCCGGAGAUAUAAGCGCCCAGGGAUUGUUUUAACUGGCUUUUAAGUGAGUUUGAAUUGUUUCCGCAAUUUUAACUGCUUAGGCUGUAUUCUUUUGACUGUCAUAACUGAACUGUACCUGAGCUACGUUUUAACUCUUUUAGACGUGUUGGAACUGUAGCUCUUUGGACCAUAUUCUAAAGAUUUCACCUGCUUUAA